UGUUUUUAGUUUUCCGGCGGGAGAUGGUGGGGUGGGCGAUAGCGUUACACGGCGGUGCCGGCGACAUCCCGAUCGAUCUCCCUGACGAGCGACGUAUCCCUCGUGAGACCGCCCUCCGUCACUGCCUCGAUCUUGGCGUCUCCGCCCUCAAAUCCGGCAAGCCUCCCUUGGACGUCGCCGAACUCGUCGUUCGUGAACUUGAGAACCACCCGGACUUCAAUGCGGGUAAAGGGUCUGUCUUAACUACUCAAGGCACUGUUGAAAUGGAAGCUUCCAUUAUGGACGGUAAAACCAAAAGAUGUGGAGCUGUCUCCGGCUUGACCACUGUUGUUAAUCCGGUAUCUUUAGCUCGCCUCGUCAUGGAGAAAACGCCUCAUAUAUAUCUUGCAUUCGAUGCUGCUGAAGCUUUUGCAAGAGCACAUGGCGUUGAGACGGUCGAUUCUAGCCAUUUCAUAACUCCUGAAAACAUUGCUAGGCUAAAGCAGGCCAAAGAAUUCAAUCGAGUCCAGUUGGAUUACACAGUCCCUACUCCGAAAGUACCGGACAACUGUGGUGACAGCCAAAUAGGAACGGUUGGAUGUGUAGCUGUGGACAGUGCUGGAAAUCUAGCUUCGGCUACAUCAACGGGCGGUUAUGUCAACAAAAUGGUUGGCAGAAUUGGGGAUACGCCUGUCAUUGGCGCAGGAACAUACGCUAACCACCUUUGUGCCAUCUCAGCCACAGGUAAAGAAGAAGAGAUCAUCCGUGGAACCGUGGCAAGAGACGUGGCUGCACUCAUGGAGUAUAAAGGCUUGUCUUUGACCGAGGCAGCGGCUUAUGUUGUUGACCAAUCUGUUCCCAGAGGAAGCUGUGGACUCGUUGCUGUCUCUGCUAAUGGUGAAGUCACAAUGCCGUUUAACACUACCGGAAUGUUCAGGGCUUGUGCUACCGAAGAUGGUUACUCUGAGAUCGCAAUCUGGCCAAACAAUUGAAAUCACUAGACGGAGGAGCGGCUUUGUCUAUUGAGCAACUCUGUUUAAUCUUCUUCGUUUGUUUCAGUUUGUAUUUCUGCUUAGUUCUUCGGAUUUGGUUUGAUGAUUUCGGUCUAAAUGAAAAAAAUAAAUGAAGUGUUGAAAG